AUGAAAAAGAUUCCGGUAGCUAUUGUAACAGGCGCUACACGAGGUAUAGGACGUUCGAUUGUAGAUAAGCUAUCAAGUGAAGGAGUUUGUUGCAUUAUGGUCGGUUCCAAGCUGGAGAGCUUUCAGCACAUGCACAACAACCCAGUACAACUCAAGGGCCAGAUGCACUGGAACCGAGGCAUAGCCAUUGAUUUGUCGGAGUGGCCCAAGUGGACGCAACAAACAACUUAUCCCGGAUGGCAUUUUUCAGAGAGCCCUGGUCGCCGUUCGCAGCCGCAACCAGGGUCUUGGGCUCUGCUCGAUUUUGACUAUACCUUGUACGAUUUGGCUCUGAUGGUCAAUUGUGCUGGGGUUACGCAAGCAUCGCCCUCAAUCCUUUACGGAACGGAUGCAAUGCAGCGCCUAAUGAACAUCAAUUUUCUAAGCGCGGCGAGUUUGUGCAACAUUGCCUCGAAACGAAUGGCUAGAUCGCGCAGGUACUUGGAGUAUGCGCCUCACAUCAUAAACAUAUCUUCCGUCGUAGCGAGCCCGACAGUGACUCCUGUACCUGGGACGUCUCUGUAUGCCGGCUCCAAAGCAGCCCUCUCCCAGUAUUCCAGAGUCUUGUCUGCAGAACUGGCCCGAGCAGGUAUUCGUGUCAGCUGCGUGUCGCCUUCGCUGGUAGCGGAAACAGACAUGAUCCGGAAUCUUCCGGCCAAGGCGAAGUCUGUACUAGAGUCGUACUUUGGUGCAGAGCACCGGCAAAGUCCUGAUGAUGUUGCAUCUCAGGUUUGGGAUCUCUACACUUCAGCUAGCUCAUGA